CAUCGCGCAUGCCUAGUCUGCUUCGCGCUCAAUGGCUUGUCAACAAAACAGUUUCGGCUGUGCCGUGAAUAGACAACGCCGUGUGCAACAGUGUUUGCGCGUGUAAUCUCUCAUCUUUAACAUAAAAUUGACAAAAUGUCUGCGGAACCAGCACAAGAGGCCGUGGAGCAAGUAUCCCAGGGGGUGAAGGACGUCAAGUUGGAGAAUGGGUCAGCGCCAGGGGCAGCCAAUGGAACACCAACAAAGACUGAUGACAAUGCUAUACCUUUUAAGGAUAUCUUCAAAAUGUUCUCCAAAUUCGGCGACUCAAAAUCCGACGGAAAGCAAAUAACACUGUCACAGAGUGAUAAAUGGAUGAAACAGGCUAAAGUAAUCGACGGAAAGAAAAUUACAACAACUGACACAGCGAUAUAUUUCAAAAAACUUAAAUCUGUUAAAGUCGGCAUUGAAGACUACCAGAAAUUCCUUGAUGACCUCGCGAAGAAUAAAAAGGUUGAUAUUGAGGAAAUAAAAAAGAAACUCACCACAUGUGGCCAGCCCGGUAUAUCAACCCAUUUACCAAAAUCACCAGCCGCAGCCGCUGCUGUGGAUAGGUUGACGGACACAACAAAGUACACUGGUUCCCACAAGCAACGAUUUGACGACACCGGCAAGGGUAAAGGCAUCGCUGGGCGUAAGGAUCUUGUAGAUGGUUCGGGUUACGUAACGGGAUACCAACACAAGGACACGUACGGCAAGGGCCAUUAGCUGCCCAGAACUCUCUAAUCUAUUAGUGCUGAUUGUUUAUACUGGCCUAUAAAGCAAAUUAAAUGUAUCAAUGUCCCACGGUGGAGUUCUGGGAUAGUUUACCUACCGUAAUAAAAAUCAUAACGAUAACUUAAGCCUACAGUGCAAUUGAAAUGGAAGCUAUCCUUCAUUUCAGAAACAAAACAAUACCUUACGAACAGUAAGCACUAAUUCAUUUUAUGUAAGAAAUAAGUUUGUAAUGUAAGGAAAUAAUUUUUCAAGUUUGCACAAUACUUAUAGGUACGUAUAAUAUUUCGAUGUGUUUUCGAAACGAUUUUAGCUUAUACGAGUACACAAGAUAUUAGUACAUAAUGGAUUACGUUCUUCCAUUAAGUACAAGGUACCUGUAGAAUAUUUAAUUUAUAGUAGUAAUAUCAUUCCCGAAUUUUACAUUGAUUAAUUUAAAAACUUUUCUCGCUCAUAAAAACUAAAUCAGUACUCUAAGUUUCUGUUUUUACUCAAGCACUAAUCUCUCAUUCUUUUUAUUGUAAUAUCAUGUACACGUUUAUAUUAUACAGUGAAACCUAUUACAGCGGGACCUGGGUACGUGAGAAACCUUUAUUAUUCAGGAAUUAUAUUAAGCCCAGGCGCUUUUUCAUCGAAUUAACUCUGUUUAUAGUUGUUUACCUCUAUAAUUCUUAAUUUCUUAAGAUCUCUUUUAACGUCAACAGUUUGGCAAAAAACUUACGAGUGCUUUAGUAAAACACUGUAAUUUUACUGGUUUAGAUUUAAGAAUAAGUUGGUUGAAUUCCAGAUAAUAUCUUUAUUAAUGUCCUUGGAGAUCUAGUCGAUAGAGUUCUAUAAUCUAUUACCCUUCCA